UUAUCCCAUCCAUACAGAAUCUCCUCUUCCGUAGCUUCCGAAGCUCUGUGGAAGCAUCGAUAUGCUUUCCCUGCUGGCCAGCGCUAGCACGGAACAAGUCGAGGCAGCUCAAGACGUGACAGUCGUGGCUACGACACUCCUGCUGUUGGCAGGUGGUGCGAGUUUGCUGAAGCAGUCCGGCUGCCGCCGUCGAAAGGACAGCAAGGUGGAUGAAGCCCCACAGAUCAAUUGGCGGAAGACAGCCAACUUUGAGCGCCGAUAUUCUCAGACGGAUGUGGUUGACGAUGCUCAAACGUGCUGGAAUUUCGACUAUGGCAGGUACAAGUACACGGGCCUAAGGCCUGAGCCCUUGGAAGAGGCAGAGCCACCACACCCCUUGACCUUGGAGGACGCGGAUCAGCUUCAACUUCCCGAGUUGCGCGAGGGUGAGGACGUGAAGCUUCAAGAGUUGGAGGAUUUGGUGGAAGACUUACGCCUUCAACAGCGGCAUCGGGUUGACCGAUGUACCCUCUUACGCUUCUUACGUGCUGAGAAGGGCAAGGUCGUCAAGGCCAACAAGAAAAUGCGCGAGGCGAUCGCAUGGAUCGAGGAGAAUGAUGUGCUCAACGCCAUUGACACCUGGAAUUUGGAGGCCUAUGAGAAGUGCUUGGCGCCCUGGUGGCUCUCUGGCGGAUUUCUGGGACAUGGCCUGCACGGUGAGCCUGUUGCUUUGGAACGGCUAGGCCGAUGCUCAUGGCCGAAGCUUUCGAAUCGCUUGGACUUCGAGGUUUUGAAGAAGCUGGAUAUCAUACAUUGCCGUAGAUGUUUGGCAGCUCUAGAGGAGGAUUCCGUAAGACGUGGAGUACCCUUCAGUGGAGUCACACUGGUGAUUGACCUGAAAGGUUUUAAAUGGUCCGACGCACAAUUUAGUGCGGCCUGGACACUCUCAAAGAUGGUGGCUUGCAGGAGCCACCUUUUGCCAGAGACUUGUCACCGAAUACUCUUCGUCAGGGUACCAACUCCUUUUGCAAAGGCCUGGUCCAUGUUCAGCUACCUCUUGGAUCCUGGAACUAUCGCAAAGGUCCAAAUGGCCACAGAGUCGGAGACCAUCUCUUUACUGAGAAAGUUCAUCGGGGAUGAAGUUAUCCCGGCGUAUCUUGGAGGACAGCGACAUACAGAGGGUGACCCAUAUUGCAGAAAAUUGCUUGCGCCUGGAGGCUUUCCCCCGGAGGAAGCGCUUCAAAGGUUGGAAAGGCUCAUCGCAGGAGAUGAUGUCUAUCGGCCGCCACAUCGCAGAGGUGAAGCGUUUCAAGGCUCUGAAGGUGCUCGGUGUUGCUCCAUUUGUCCAAUGCAAUGACUUCAAGUCGCAUUUCCGUAAGACAAUGAGAAGUGACCGCCAGCAGGGCUACUGUUUGGGAACAUUUUGUUGUGG